CUUCCGGCUGACAGUAAUGACGUUUUUCCGGAAGUAGCCUGCGUGUUAGGAACCCAGGUGGUGAGAGUUUGAGCAUGACUCGGUGGGCUCGGCUCGGUAACAGUAGCGCAGCUGUAGGAAACCGAAAGGUAUGUUCGGCCACCCCGUGGGAACAGCUCCAGCGUCGGCGGCGGCCAAAUGGUGAGGGCGGAACCAACAAGCGCAAAGCCCCUGAGCCACAGCCGGAUCCUAAGGGAGCCAAUACAUGGAAAAAGAAGAAGGAUGUAUAUGUGAACCAGGAUGUCAAUGGGUUCGGACAGUACCAAGCAGAGCAGGGGGGUGCCGAGAGGAAAGAUCAACGCAGAGAGGACAGGAGGCUGAAGAGACAGACACAUAAGAAGGACAGGAUGAUUUGUUUCCACUGUCGAAAGCCGGGUCACGGCAUGGCGGAUUGUUCGGAAGUGCUGCGAUGUCAGGAGUCGGGGACAGGAAUCUGCUUUCGCUGUGGCUCUACAGAGCAUGAAAUUAACAAAUGCAGAGCUAAAGUGGACCCGGCACUUGGAGAAUUUCCCUUUGCAAAAUGUUUCAUAUGUAGUGAAAUGGGACAUUUGUCACGGUCGUGUCCUGAUAACCCUAAAGGACUGUAUGCCCAAGGGGGAAGCUGUCGCAUUUGUGGUUCUGUAGAACACUUCCAGCGGGACUGCCCAGAGCAUCAGAAUUCAGCUCAAGUAACCGUUAAAAGAUGGACAAAAGGAAUGAGUGCGGAUUAUGAAGAAAUACCUGUAACUCCAAAAGUGCAGAAAACAAAAGUGCUAAAAUCACCAAAAAUUGUCACAUUCUAAAGUGUAGCUUCUGUCCUUGGACUUCUGACAAGACACCCCCAGCUGACCUACUGGAAUGGAUUUAUAAAAUAUAACCGACUGCUAAAGUUCUAGAGUGAUUCCGUCAUCUGCACCUGGAAUAGAUUAUGGAGAUGACGAAAGAUUACAAUUAAUAAGGGAAAUGCAUUGAGAGCUCACAUUUACCCUGAUAACAGCGAUGCACCAAUAAGAGAGACAAUUGUUCUGCAAAAGGAAGCGGCUUCAGAUAAGAGUGAUGUCAUCAUUACAAGGAAUGCUAAUAUAUAUUUAUAAUAUACUAGUACUAUGCUGUAACAAGGACCAUCAUUUUCUCACUCCACAGUUUUGGGGUCUGCCAGGAAUUGGAAGGUAUAAAUGCAGAGCACUAGGGGGGCAAGGGCCCUUGAAAAUUGUCACUGUUUCUACUGCCUUAAUAAACUGGGUUACAUAA